AUGGCAGAGGAAAUUGCACCGGGCAGCGAGACCAAAGAGUUGUCCAUCAAAGAAGAGUAUCAACUAUGGAGGAAGAAUUGCCGUUACAUGUACGAGUUUGUUAGUGAGACUGCUCUUACAUGGCCUUCACUCACCAUCCAAUGGCUUCCCAACCACACAACUCAAGACGGAGUGAUAAACACAAGCUUAUUACUUGGAACACACACAUCUGGUAAUGAUACCAACUACUUGAAAGUUGCAGAAACCCAAAUCUCAGCCGAUGGCACGGCUACGGCUAACUCAAGGAUUAAAAUCACCAAGAAAUUCGAAAACACACAAGAGAUAUGUCGAGCUAGAUACAUGCCACAAGAUACAAACAUAGUAGGUACAAUCAAUGGGUCUGGCCAAGUCGACCUUUAUAAGUUGGAUAGCGAAGAUAAGCUGAGCUACCACCAUUUCAGCCCGCAUUCGGAAAAUGGAUAUGGGCUUUCUUGGAAUCCACUUGAGAAGGGACUUUUAUUGACAGCAGCUGACGAUGGACUUGCUUGUGUUACGGAUGUUUUAGGAUCUUACAAAACAACAGUAUUUAAAAGCUCUACCAACACCGAUAUCGUCAAUGAUGCCAAAUGGCACUUUUUCGAUAAGAGUAUAUUUGCAACUGUCUCCGAGGAUGAAUAUGCUUAUAUAUUUGAUACCAGAACCACGGAACCAGUGGCCAAGUACCAUGCAGAAGGGUCCAAAGGGAUCAAUUCGCUUGCAUUUUCUCCAUUCUCUCGAAAUCUUUUGGCUAUAGGUAGCACAAACUCUAAUAUUAGUUUAUUGGACACGAGAAAAUUGGAUAAUAAAAAUGGAACUGCUGGUUUAUUACACACGAUGAUGGGUCAUACCGAUGGUAUUACUAGUAUGGACUUCUCUCCACACAAGGACGGAAUACUUGCAUCUGGAAGUCAAGACAGGAGACUAAUCUUGUGGGACUUGACCAAGAUUGGAGAAGAACAGCAACAAGAGGAUGCAGAGGAUGGGUGUCCAGAAUUGUUUAUGAUGCACGCGGGUCACACGGCGGGUGUGACGGAUUUGAGUUGGUGUCCAUUUAGAGAAUGGACUAUUGGGUCUGUUGCCGAUGACAAUAUUGUGCACUUGUGGGAGGUUAGUAAAAGUUUGAUCAACGAUCCGCUGAACGAAGAGGUCGAUCCCAGUAUACUCGAAUAA